AUGAAUUUGGAAGAAAUUCUUCUGCACCUGUUUGAUAAGACCUUAGACUCUAGUUCCAAUGAUCAUCUGUAAACCAUUUUAGCCAGUCAAGCCAAGAUUAUACAAUUGAAAAAGGAGAAUGUCACUCCAACCAUUAUCCAUUAGAAAUCAUCAAUAUAAAAAAAAUUAGAUACCUUAGAUAAGAAAAUUCUUAACAGAGAUAGUCUUAAAAGUAAGAGGAAAUCAAAAAAUGACAAUGUUUUCAAAACUGCCUCCCAACAUGAAAAUGAUAAUACAUAAAAGUUCGUAAUCAAUAAUAAUGAAGAUUAAAAAGAUCAAUCACUACUAAAAUUAUAGAACAAACAAUUGUAAACUCUGAUUGCCUCACUGGAAUUUAAAUAAAGAGAAAAAUACUUACAAAAUUGCAAUCGCAUCAGAUAAAUUCAAUAAGAGAAAGAGAAAUUAUUAGAGAACAAUACAAACUUGAAUGAAAAAUAAGAAAAACUCAAUCAAAGAUCAUAAACUCUAAUGUAGAAAUAAGUGAUUUUAGAAAAACAAGAAAAGUAAAUGCAAUAUUAAGGAUUAUGCAUAUAACAAAAUUAAUAAGAAUAGUAAAAAAAUGAUGAAUUAUUAAAUGAAAGGAGAGAACACAUGGAAGGAUUGCAGAUGAAACUUAAUGAAUUCGUUAGUCAGUUAUUAAAUUUGGCAAAUUCAAAAAAUAAAGUCGAAAAUUAAUUGCCUAUAUAAUUUGAUGCUAUUGAAUUCCUGAUUCAAUACAUUCUAAAAGAAAGAUCUAUACUGCAAUCAGAAUAACAAUAUCUAAGGAAAUUUAAGUAGGAUGUUCUAAAUGAGAAAAAGCAUGUCUUAGAAUUGAAAGAUUAAUUUUCAUGA